CUCGGUGCCGGUGCCCGGGGUUUGUAGUUACCGAGCCCCUCCCGCCGGGGCUACCGACGGCUAAGACGUGCUAAUACCAUCAUCGCCGUCUCCUCCUCGCCCUCCUCCUAACAACAACUCCACCCACCGUCCAGUUUCCCUGGAAAGACUAAACCCCAAGAUGGCAGAUGAGACAAACACCAGGGAUUGCAUGUCCUUCAGUGUGCUGAACUGGGAUCAGGUCAGUCGGCUGAAUGAAGUUUUGACUGAGGUCGUACCAAUCCAUGGACGGGGCAAUUUCCCCACCCUGAAGAUCACACUGAAGGAUAUUGUUCAGACUGUCCGCAACAGGCUGGAGGAGGCAGGAAUCAAGGUGCAGGAUGUCCGACUGAAUGGCUCUGCGGCUGGUCACGUCUUGGUCAAAGACAAUGGCUUGGGUUGUAAAGACCUGGACCUAAUUUUUCAUGUGGCUCUUCCAACAGAGGCAGAGUUUCAGCUUGUGCGAGAUGUUGUUCUGUGUUCUCUUCUGAACUUCUUGCCAGAGGGAGUCAACAAGCUAAAAAUCAGUCCAGUGACUCUUAAGGAGGCCUAUGUGCAGAAGCUGGUAAAGGUCUGCACAGACACUGACCGUUGGAGCCUGAUCUCCCUCUCCAACAAGAAUGGAAGGAAUGUGGAACUCAAGUUUGUAGAUUCCAUUCGUCGUCAGUUUGAGUUUAGCGUGGACUCCUUCCAAAUCAUUCUGGACUCUUUGCUUUUGUACUAUGACUGUUCAAGCAAUCCCAUGUCUGAACACUUCCACCCCACUGUGAUUGGGGAGAGUGUGUAUGGUGACUUUGAGGCAGCCUUUGACCACCUCCAAAACAGACUGAUUGCUACCAAGAACCCAGAAGAAAUCAGGGGUGGGGGACUCCUGAAGUAUAGUAACCUUCUGGUACGGGAUUUCAGACCCACAGACCAAGAAGAAAUCAAGACCCUGGAGCGUUACAUGUGUUCCAGGUUCUUCAUCGACUUUCCAGACAUUCUGGAGCAGCAGAGGAAGUUGGAGACCUACCUCCAGAACCACUUCGCUGAAGAGGAGAGAAGCAAGUAUGACUACCUCAUGAUCCUUCGCCGGGUCGUGAAUGAGAGCACUGUGUGUCUCAUGGGACACGAACGGAGGCAGACCCUCAACCUCAUCUCCCUCCUGGCCCUGCGUGUGCUGGCAGAGCAGAACAUCAUCCCGAACGCCACCAACGUCACUUGUUACUACCAGCCUGCUCCCUACGUCAGUGAUGGCAACUUCAACAACUACUACGUUGCUAACACUCCCGUGCCCUACAGCCAGCCAUAUCCCACCUGGCUGCCCUGUAACUAACUAAUCUUUUGACUUGAGGAUUUCUGAAAAGGAAACCUCAAAAGGGCAAGGGCUUUGAGGAGGUAGGGGAGCCUUUCUAGAUGCAGGUGUUUGGCUUUUAAAGGGGAACUCAGCUCUGAUUCUGCUUAUUUUCUUUGUGUACCCAUCGAAUGGGUCUACAGUCUAGCAUGAGAAAACUUUUAAAGGGACCCUUAUUACAGUGCCACUUUGGAAACUGACCUGUCCAAAACACACUUAACACUUCAUGGUCCUGAACCUUACGCACUUGUGGAUUUGAGCCCUGUUGCAGUGCAGUUACUUAGAAUGGAAAAUAACUUGGGCAGUGUAUGAGAAGCCUUAAGCCAACUGUCUUCUCACUUCAAUCUUGUAUCUAAACUAGGCUGUGUUUUAGCCCUUGUCCAGAGUCCUUAGCAGCUAACACUUGGGCAAAACUGUUUUUUUUGAAUCCAUGCAGAAUGACAAAGGUGAGGGUCUUCUUGGGUGCUUUUGUUCUUGUUCCAAGGGGAUUGUGAGUAAAGGCCAAGUUGCUUAUGUUUGCUGACUAAUCCCCUUUCAGCAGAGCUGAAGGUUUCCUUCAUCAAUUAAACCAAAGCCAACAGCUUCAGAAUUGAGGUCUGGUUAGACGUGGCAUAUGUGGCUUAGAUGCUGUGCUAUCCCAAAGAAUUGUGAGAGGUUACUGCUAACGCAUGACCUAAAAGGUUUCUUGGAAAUGUAACUUAAAAACAAAAUAAAAUGUAAGACAAUGUUAAAGUAGAAAAAAAAUUGGUGGUGGUGGGUGAUGGUUGUGACUAGAGAAUUAAUGUUCAAAUGACACUUUAUUUAAGGCAUUCUUAAUGAAUGGAACUUUUGGUUGUUUCCCUCAUUCAGUCUUUUUUUCAUGGCUGACUUGUUUUGUUGUUCUGUUUUUAAGACCUAAGUUGGGUGGUCUUGUUUCAUUUUGUUACUACAUUGACCUAUGCAGACUUCCCCACGUCUGUGUUGUAGUAGGAUGAGAUAUGCCCCCUUUGAUCACAUGCCGAAUAUGACAACUUAAUUUCUUUAUUUGAAAUAUGUUGAGUGCUAAUCCCCCCCCCACUCCAAAAUAUUUCAGUAGUGUAACUAUUCCCCUAACUUUCUAUUCACAGCAGAUGAAUUCAGGAUGCUUCCUUUAUUAAGAAUUUGGGCUAGUGGGAUAGCUUCAUUUGUAAUUCUAAAUGAUGUGUGGAAAGAUCCCUUUGAAUGGAACAGGCUGCUUGAGGAGUGCUUAUGGCUUCAAGGAAUUGCAGUAGAAUUUAGACUGCUAUUCUGAAUCUUUCUCCUGGUUGUAGGCUUGGAUUCAUAAAAAGUCUGGCAUGGAAGUGGUCAGAGCUCCUAAUUUGGCUAAUGUUUUGUAAAGGAAGUUCCCAGUUUCCCCUUCUUGGUAAGAACUGGCUAAGGGAAUGAAGAGCUGCUGGGUCUUUAACUGUUGACCUGACCAACUGUACUUACCUUGUAUUCUGCACUUUAGGGAAAGGCAGUGUUUAUUAUCUUUAGUGUGUGUUCUGUUGCCUAGCUUGGUUAAGAGUUCCAGGAUCAUCUAGGUGUAGAGACCACUGCAGAUUCUUCCCGACAGAGAAGGAAUUUCAUGUUGCAGCUUUUUAUAGGGCCUCCCACUUCAGAGAAACAAUUUUACUUGACUAGGAAAAUGAUAGCCCAGUUGGCAGAUUUCAAAGGGAUUUAUUCAAAUCCAAGAUCCUGAAUUUGACACUGCUAUGGCCAUAGAAAUCCUGGGCUGUGACAAAGCUAACUUAAUGAAAGAAUGCUUGAAGAUCAAUGACUUCUCUAUCUAGGAGAGAGCUAAGAGAUGUUUGGUGUGUUCUGUCUGGAAUGUGAUACCUUGGCCCUCUUUUCAAGUGAAAUAGAUGGGUGAGCUUGGUUUUGUUUUCCCCCUUGGGUGUCACUCAUAAUGUAUUAACUUUAGCAAGGUGAAUAAAAAGCCACCUUAGCAGUAUAACUUGCAUUUGUUCUUUAGAAGACCUUGGAAAAUUAUGUUGAACUCCUUGCUUUUAAAUCAAAGCUAAGUUAUAAGGCUGGGCUCAGGUGUGAAUGGGAUUCAGGUCCCUUAGUAGUAUUUCAGGUGUGACACAGACUUAAUGUGAAUUUAUCAAACCUCUUAAUUGUCUGUGACUUACGAUAAGCUAUCUUUGGAAGGGUCAUUAAUGGAAAUGUGUCUUCACUAAAAUGAUUCAUUUAUGGCAGAAUGUUAACCAGAACCUUGGCAGUGGCUGGUUUCUAUUUGCUUGCCAGAUAAGUUUGGGGGUGAGGGUGGUGGGGUACCUCAGGACAACACCCUUAGCUUAACUAAUUAAAUUCCCAGUUUGUCCAUUUUGAAAGUCAUUCUGCUUAUACCUCUUGUUUCUCUCUGGUAUUAAUGUCCUGACUACAGGGUGGUUGGGGUGGGGAGGGGAGGAGGAGGUAGGAGGAUCACUUCUGUUCCCACCUGCAAAAGUUUGCCUUUAUUCCAUCCCCUCGGAAAGGAGUACUGACAUCUUUAUAUUUGGAUUUUAGGUCAUCUAGAACGUGUGUGGUGUACUGCUUUAGAUCAUCUAGAACACGUAGAACUUUAUUUCAAGUUAACUCUGUGCUCUUUUUUGUCUCAGAAUAGUAGUUAUGGACAGACCACAGGGGACAGAAAAGUAUCCAAGCAAAGUGCUCAGAUAACAUUUCUGGAGCUUUUUGCUCCUCUUUCUUUGCUCAUUACCUUGCCCCCCCCCUUUGUGGAAUUAUCUUCUUACCUGAGAUUAUUCUGAUUAAACUCCAAACUCUUUUUGUAGUUUGCAAGUAGAUGCUUGUUCAGGAGCUCUGGAAGCUGCCCAAGCUGCAGCUCAGGCACUCCAAGUGAAGUGUGCCAUGUGGCAUAGACUGGAGAAUGAAGAACAAAACCAGGUCACUAAAACCUAAUCCCUGGCUCAGUUCUGUAGUUUGCCUGCUAAGGUAGCCCUUAACCAGCUUAAUGAUAUGCCAAGUAACCUCUAAAUUCAGAUGUCUGGACAUUCUACUUAAAAAUGUGCCUUUGGAGGCCACAGAAGUGUUGCUGUGGUCUCUAUUUAUACCAAAUCUAGGGGUUCCUUUUUUUUUUCUUUCUAGUGUUGAGUAAUAGGAAAUGUUGGUAGUCACAGAGGGGAUUAAAAGUUCAAGUAUGAAUUCUAAUCUAAAUUUAAAUAGUACUUUAUUGAUGUUGGGUUCCUAAGAUGUCCUUUUUUUGACCUUUUGCAAACAUGCAGUGUACUCUAUUCCUCAGAAUCAGCUUGGAGUGAUCAGCCGAGAUAAGAAUUGUACCUUUUUCUUCAUAUUGACAGAGGCCUCCACACUCAAUUCCUGGGCCUCAAGCUUUCAGAUCUCCUUUAAAAUCUUUCUUUGGCAGAUGUCAUCUCUCAUUCAAAUCCACUGGCAAACACUUAGAAUAAAGCAUUUUACAGGAAUACUCUCUCAAUCAGUGUAGCUCUUAUUAACUAGGGAUAUGUGGGGAAACUGGGUAUGGUUCACAGCCUCUAAGAGGUAGAUUUCCACUUAGGGGUGAGGAAAGGAAGAAAUGCUCCUUGGGGACCAUGGUGUAGAAGCAAUUGGGCAGCUUGCUGUUGGGGUAUGAAAUUUCAAACUUGGCUUUCAUCUAAAUCUUUUGCUUUUUAUGGUUAUCGAUCAUCCAGUGGCCAAAGACCUGAAUUGAAUUCAUCCUCCUCCAUUUGUGGUAGCCCCGUCACCCUCACAAGUAGUCUUUACCUUUGUAGUAAUAGGAAUAGGAAUAGUAGUAGCAGUAUUGGUGGUGACAAUGAUAGUGGUAGUAGUUGUAGUAGCAAUCAAUAGUUGAAUAGGAUUUUCACUAGUAUCCACUGUAUUCUUAACUAAAAGUGCCACUUUAGGUAUUGGAUAUUCCGACCUUUUAAGAACAAUAAUUCCCUUUUGGUUAGUGUCCCCCAACACGGACUAGACUUUGGGGCCCAAGUUAAAUUCUUCAAACCUUUUCUUCUAUAGGGUGAUGUUAAGACAUAAUUAAAAUGUUACCACAGGGUGGGAGAAAGUCCAUAUUGCUAUGAGCCAUUACAAUUCAUAGUGGUUAUCUGAUUAUUAACUCUGGACCAGAGAGAAUUCACUGGUGCGUGCGUGCGUGUGUGUGUGUGUGUGUGUGUGUGUGUGUGUGUGUGAGAACCUAUCUUAGGUACAAACAUUCUUUUCUUAGAAGUUUAGAGAAAAACUCAAGUUUUUUUUAACCUUAGAGCCAGAUAUCCUUAAGCUGGCAGAGGCCAGAACAUUGUAUCUACUCUGGUCUUAGCUGGCUUUGGGACAAAUUCCAAUUCUCCUAAUUAACAUUCAGAGGACCAAAGGAGGCCUGGGAAGAUACUAGAACAUUUUUUUCAAAGGGGUGUAAUAGAGCAAAUUAAGAAAAGGAAAGGCCAAUAUUGCUGAAACCAGAUAUGUCAAGUGCCUAAAUCUUGUUUAUAUCACUUAUUUUUCUAAUAAUUUAAGUGUAAUAUAUUAAAAAAAGCCAAAUGUGGUGGUUGGAGCAAACAAAGGUAUAGAGCAGUCAUCUACUCCUAUAUAAGUAUGAGAAGGUUAAAAGACCAUUCACUAAUGAAGUCUAUAAAUUAAAUGAUGUGGGUUUGUGUGGGUUUUCUUUUUGCCUGAAACUUAUUUUAUUUAAAGAUAAAGAAAUUUCUAAUGUUUUAAGUAGGUUUUAAAAAAUUUUUUGUUUCCAAAUUAAUAUAUAUGUAUAGUUAAGGAAAAAACCCACCUUUAGUCUAGGAAAUUCUUUUCAGUUUUCUAAAUUUGCUUAGCAACUAGCCAUUGGAAUUCUUAAUUUGAUAGCAAUUCAGGAUGUGUGGGAUUACUUCUUUGUUAAUGGUCACUAGCCUUCUCAGUCAAUAUGGAUGAAAUCACUUUCUUUUGUCAAUGCAAAAUGUGUUAAAACUUUAUAAAAAAAAAGCUUUGAGUUUAUUGAGA